CUAAAGUGUGUAUGUCGUUACAGCGAGCUGCUUAUACAAACCAAGUUGCUAGGGAUCCUUACACCUGGGAGCUCACGGUUUAUGCUUAUCCCUGCUUAUGCUUACACCCCUCAAUACUAUCCGAUUCGUACAUGGGUAUAAACAAACGAGAAUAUGUCACAUGCGCUGCCGCGUCAGCCAAGUGCUAUCGAGCGCCUCUGCCAGAUUAUCGAUCAUCUGGCUGAGUCUUGUUAACAACAUGAGAAAGAAGGUCCCGCCGUCCCCUCCCAUUCCCGAUGUCCACUGGUCCGAGAAUAUGACAUGGACCUUGGCGGGCGGUACAUCCCUCGUGUAUCUAUCCCGAACAUCAGACUCUGACUCAUCUUGCACUCUUCGUUAUACCGCUUCAAGAACCACUACCCUAAAUGAAAAAGUACGUAGAUACCUCAUAUCUCCUCCUUCCACCCAAUGUCGUCUCUAUUCAUUUCUCAAUCAGCAGCGUUCUGCGUAUUGCUCGAUUGACAACGGUACCAAUGCGAAUACGGAAACACUCACUAGUGUGUCAUUACAUGAAAAUCGGCUUUUCCUCAGGGUGAGUGGCUCGUGCACACACUACCAAUGCAUGAAUCCUUGCUAUUGCAACAGUGACUAUUCUUCGUGCAUGUGUCCCCAGUAUCGCUACACCCGGGUGGUGGCUGGUUGGGAACUGCGCACAUUCCACCAACACAGGUAGCAUUACUAUUGCAACAGUCACUAUCCUUUACGCACUGGUUGGUGCACAGGGGUGGUCGUCUUGCUGUGACAGACAUAAUAGAUGCUGUCAAUGUAACAAUACAGGUGAGGGCGAGCAAGCGCAUUGUUUGUUUGGGAUGGAAUAAUCUGGUGAGGUGCUCGAACAAUUUCUUUGUGGGUGGAUGGUAGUGACGGUAGGAAGAUGUAUUGAUCUUUUAUCAUCACAAAAUGGUUAUGGCCGAUGAUAGUGCCGACCUGCCGUUGAGAUGCACUAGUGACGCGGCUGUGACGAGGCCAAAAAAAAAAA